AUGAGUGGCGAGUUCACCGGGGGUGCGAAGCUGAAGUCCGACGGCGCCCUUUUCGUGGUGCAGGUCGAUGCCGAUGUCGUCAACGGGCGCUCUGAGGUGUCUGCCGCGCAGGACUCGCACGCGAUCGUGGACCUGGAUGCGAUUGAGGCCCUGGUGGUGAUCAAGGGCCUCGAAAUGCUCCAAGGCCUGGAGGUGAGCGCCGUCAUCAUCGACUACCUGGAGGUGAACGGCGUGAUCUGCGAGUGCCUGAAGGUGACCGACAUGUUUUGCGAGUGCAUGGAGGUGACCGUUCCGACCUUCGUGUGCCUGGAGGUACCCAUCGACAUGGUCGAGUGCGAGAAGGCGGUGGACGUGAUCCUAGGCCUGGAGGGCCUGGAGCUGACCAUCGUGAUCUUCGUGUGCCUGGAAGUGACCAUCAAUGUUCUCGCGUGCUCAGAGAUGACCGUCCUCCUUGUCGUGUGCCUGGGAAUGAUCGUGCACAUGGUGGACCGCAGCCUGGGCCUCCCCAGCUCCCUGAUGAAGUUGGAGGUGACAGCCGUCGGCUUCGGGUGCGUGGAGGUGCCCUUCGUGAUCCUGGGCCUGGAGGUGGUCGGGGGCCUCGGCGUGGGCGAGGGCCUGGUGGCGAUCAAGGGCCCGGAGGUGGCCGUCGUCCUUUUCGCGAGCCUGGAGUUCGUCAGCUCCGAGUGCCUGGAGGUGACCGUCGUGAUCUUCGUGUGCCUGGAGGUGACCGUCGUCUUCGUCGGAUGUCUGGAGGCGCCCUUGCCGUAG